UCUUGCGCCUCCCCGACCCGUGCGUGGCCGUGCCCCCCCCUCUUCUGGGCGGCGCGGCGCCGGCGCCAUCAAUCCGUCUGCCUCUCGGAGGCCAGCCCGUUCCGUGCGCCGCCCAGUGCGCGCACGCCAGCCUCCUGCUUCAGCGGCGACAGCAGCACCAGCAGCGGCAGCAGCAGCAGCAGCAGGAGCGCCCUGCAGCGAGCAAACAGGCUCGCGCCGUGCGCAAGCCGCACGGCCGAGCAGCACAAGACUGUCGUCCGCAGCGCCCAUCUCCAUUUCCGUGAGUAG